AUGAGAUUGAUAUCACAGAUUUUCCAUGCGACCAUCGCAGUUGCUGUGGUCGGCGCUGUGGUCCCCGAGGGGCCAUCGAGCUCACAAACCCAUCACAAUGAGCACGCGCGGCGCAUGCUGGGGUCCUCCUUUGGCAUCCCCAAGAAUCAAACGUUUGAUUACAUCGUUAUUGGCGGGGGCACGGCCGGUUUGACAAUCGCAACGCGAAUGGCCGAACAGGGUGUCGGCUCAGUCGCCGUUAUUGAAGCGGGAGGCUUCUAUGAGCUGAACAAUGGCAAUCUUAGCCAGAUCCCCGCCCAAGAUGCCUUCUACGUGGGCACCGAUCUCGACGAUUGGCAGCCCGGCAUCGAUUGGGGCUUUCACACCACCCCUCAAGCGAUAUCAAAGGCUGAUGCAUCUGAUCUAGGGCGCCUACAACCGGGUGAGCCACUACGCGCGGGGCAAGUGCUUGGGGGCAGCUCGGCGCGCAAUUACAUGGCGUAUCAACGGGGCACCAAGGCGGCGCACCAGCAGUGGGCAGACACCGUGGGGGAUCCCAGCUAUGCCUGGGACAAGUUCCUGCCAUUUUUCGAGAAGAGCCUUAAUUACACCCCUGCAGACGACGCGCUGCGCGGGGCCAAUGCCAGUGUCGUGAACGAUCCAACCGUGUUGGGCACCGGGGACGGCCCCUUAUCCGUCACCUAUCCUCACUACGCCCAGGCUUUCGCAACAUGGGCGAAACAUGCCUUCGUGGAGAUCGGUCUCCAGAUACGCAGCGGGUUCCAGAGUGGAGCACUUUUAGGCCAGUCCUAUGGUCUCUAUACUAUCAAUGCUACGACCAUGCAUCGCGAGUCGUCCGAGACCUCUUUCCUGCGCCAGGGCCUCGCCGAUCCAAACCUCACGGUCUUCCAAUCCGCCCUGGCGAAACGCAUCCGUUUCCACGGUAAGCGAGCUGUUGGAGUCGACGUGGAGACAAUGGGAUAUCCGUACACGCUCUCCGCACGCAAGGAGAUUGUACUCUCGGCAGGGGCCUUGCAAUCCCCCCAGUUGCUCAUGGUUUCCGGUGUGGGCCCCGCGGCCACACUGAAGGCGCAUGGUAUUCCCCUCGUGGCGGACCGGCCUGGCGUGGGCCAGAACAUGCAGGAUCAUAUCAUCUACGCUCCUUCCUACCGGGUGAAUGUCAUCACGCAGUCGGCCCUGUUAAAUGAGGCGUUCGAGGCCCAGGCCAACCGCGACUACAACGAACGAGCGGCGGGCAUCUACGCCAAUCCCACAUCGGACAUCCUGGCGUGGGAAAAGAUCCCUGAACCCAAGCGGUCGGCCUGGCUCUCGAAUCACACCCUUCAGGUGCUCGCUGAAUAUCCGGAUGACUGGCCAGAGGUGGAGUUCCUGACGAUGGGGGGAUAUUUCGGCUACCAGAGAAACUAUAUCCGAGACAACCCCAGUGACGGCUAUAAUUACGCCUCGCUUGCGGUCUCGCUCUGUACGCCACGCUCGCGGGGAAAUAUCACGAUCACGUCGCCCGAUGCGGCGGUGCCACCGUUGAUCAAUCCCAACUGGCUCACCGAUCCGGUGGAUGUUGAACUCGCGGUGGCAGCAUUCAAGCGGACCCGUGACUUCUUUAAUACCACUGCCAUCAAGCCCAUUCUUAUCGGGCCUGAAUACUUCCCGGGCUCUCAGGUCGCCACGGAUGCGGAAAUUCUGGAUCAUGUCCGGAAGAGCUUCGAUACCAUUUUCCACGCCUCCUGUACAUGUGCAAUGGGCCGGGUAAAUGACCCCCAGGCAGUGGUGGACUCUAAAGCCCGAGUCAUUGGCAUUGACGCCCUGCGCGUGGUGGAUGCCUCGGCCUUGCCGUUCCUACCACCAGGCCACCCCCAGUCCACAAUUUAUGCACUGGCAGAGAAGAUCGCGUGCGAUAUUUCGGGCAAUUGUUAA